AUGGCAUCAGCGGAGUGCCCCAGAAAAGCGAAUGUUGGUGUUGUUGCUAUCGGAAAUGGUAAGAGUGAUGGAUGGUCCAAGCGGUGGACCGACGACAACCUUGAACUCAGCCAACGUUUUGACACUUGCGAAGGAUCGCAAGCCAGAUUUGGUUGGACCCUGGACUCUCGAAGCCAUUUUAUCGCCAAAUUAAUUGACCUUCUUUUUGAUGUCUUUUCCCGUCAAACCUUCGAGUACAAAUUGUUGCUACCAAAAACACUCUCCCGCAGUCCUAUGGUCGUUCACAGAUCAGCAUCACCGUGGUCGAGUCGAGACCAACUUUCCGAGUUCGAUGGCCAGUCGGUUGGCAGUCAUGCAAACAUGGUCGUGUGUCAUAUUUGA